AUUUCCAUUAUUAUUAUUAUUUUAUUUAAUAAUUUUUUUCUUCCAAAUAAAAACAUAGUGAUGAGACACAAAAAAAACACAACCAAUCUUCAAUUCCAUCUUCAACUUUCCUUUCUUUUUCUUACUUCAAGAUUAUAUUUUUCUUUGACCCUUUUCCUUCGUUUAUCCAAAACAAUUCUCAUCUUCUUCAUCACCAACUUCUCUUUUCAACUCAAUUUCAUGCCCUUCUGUUUUAGAUCUUAGAUCUUUACUGUCGGUGGUUGAUCGGAGUAGAUGUCGCCGUCAAAUGGGUUGCAUAACGGCGGCAGCAACGGUGGUGGUGGUGGUGGUAAUAAUGGGUUGAGUUGUAUUCAACAUCAUGUUUCAAAAUUUGAUACUCUUGCUGGUGUUGCCAUCAAGUAUGGUGUUGAGGUAGCUGAUAUCAAAAGGAUGAACGGAUUGGCCACUGAUCUUCAAAUGUUCGCAUUGCAGACAUUGAGAAUUCCACUACCUGGACGACAUCCACCAUCUCCGGUUCCUGAUGAACCUGCCAAGUUGAGAGAAAAUAGCAGCGAAAGAAGACCGCCCCGCAUAGGUCAAUCUGCAAUGAAGGAACCUCUCCAGUCGUUAAGACUGAAACCACCGAAACAAAAGAUUUCACCAGCUAUGACCAUUUUACAGAAAUACUACGGACUCGACUCUUCACGUUCCCGGGAUACAUCUGGAGACACUGAAAUGGCAAUGUAUACAUCUUCUACUACUGAACAUUCCAGAGAGGAAUGGUUUCCUAAAGCCUCGCCAAUUCUGAACCAUCAUUCCAUGUCAACAAAUUCAGUGCUUGAUCUUCUGACCGGGAACGAUGAUGUGUUGGAGUACGUGCCUUCAACAGAUAUCGGAGACGGGGGAUCUGAUAAGUCUGACGAGAAAUCUGUCCGCAGACGUCAAAAAGUCGAUGUUGAUAAUGGAGGUAAUACACCAGAUAGUAAUGGAUCAAACGGCUCUUCUUCAACUGGAAAAGCAUUAUUCAUGAGGCCGAAAUCAGCUAGUCGAGUCACACUAUUCUCCGAGUCAGAAUCAGGAUGGUUAGAUUCUAUUCCAGUAGGGUUGGGAGAAUCAAUAUUUACCGACGGCCUUUCUGGAGUGCGCAAAUCAUCGAGCGCAUCAAGCCUUCGUGAGCAGGAAAAGUACAAUUUGGCAGCAACAAUCUGGCCAACCUCGAAAUGGAGUCUGAAACCAGAUUCCAUUUCCAAACCUAUCUUUGAUGGCUUACCGAUUCCAAUAACCGGCCGAAGAAGCAAAACCGCCCUCGAUUAGUGCAAACUAGUUCCAUUCGGUACAAACUAUUUUUUGACAUUACCCAAACACAAAUUGCAACAACUUGCAACUCUCGCCGGUUAUUAAGCCGGCGAAAAAAGGUAAAAAAAACAAACAAAUUACACGCGUAGGAUAUAUUUAUUCGAGGUAUAGGACAAAGGUGUUGAUGAUGAUCUCCCAAAGAGAAAGGGUGCAGCAGUAGCAACUGAGGAAAAUAUGCAUGAAAAAGAUCUGCAACUGGUUUGUUCAGUGAUUAAUUGUAUCAUGUUGUCAUAUUAUUGAAUACAUUAUGUAAGUAUUUAUGAAUUUUUUUCAAGAUUCAGACCCUUUAUACUGCAAUACCAUUUAACUUGUAUAAACAUGUUACAUGGGUAUUCUACUAGUUUUAUGUCUUAUAUUACUCAAUUACAAAUUGAUUCUUGUACCCUUAUUGGCUCAUGAGAGUUUAUUAACUUUGAUCCUUCAAAAAGUAUCAUGCUAUCUAUAUAUAUAUUUUUGGAACA